AUGUCCCGCUACCGCCUCAGCAACGUCUUCAACGACCAAUACACAUACACCUACACGCCACUCACAAACCCAGACCCCGAAGCCGAAUGCUUCAUCUGCAAAACACCCUACUCCCCACACGACCCUGACGGCUGCCGCGCAAUCCAACUCCAUCCCUGCGGCCACAUCAUCGGCCACUCAUGCUUCACCGAAUGGAUCAACCGCGCACCCCAAUCAUGUCCUUACUGGUCUCACCACCUCCCUCCCACGCUGAAGGCCUCAGCCUUAGACGAUAGUCUUGAAGUCAAGUUCCUCCGUUGGUUGGUGCAUACCACAUGGAUAACUCACAUAGACCACCACCACGACUUCCACCUUGAGAUUCUCACCCCCCUCAAAUGGCGCAGACGCGCACUGUGUGCCGUGGAAGCGCUAGCUAAGGGCGCCCUCACAGACGAGGACGUUUACGUGCUAACCAAGGCUUCCUUCCUCACGUUCAUGGACGCGGCCUUGGGGUAG